AUGCAGGUGUGUAUGUCUGUGUGUAUCAGCAGGCUGUGUUUGUCAAUAAAGCUUUAUUUAUCUAUCUCUCUAUCUCUCUCUCUAUCUAUCUAUCAUCUAUCUAUCAUCAUCAUCUAUCAUCUAUCUAUCUAUCUAUCUAUCAUCUAUCUAUCUAUCUAUCUAUCUAUCUAUCUAUCUAUCUAUCUAUCUAUCUAUCUAAUCUAUCUACCUACCUCUCAUCUGUCUUUAGCAUUUAUUCAUCUAUUAAUCACAUAUAUAUAUCAUCUAUCAUCUACCUAUGAUCUGCCCAUCUGUCAUCUAUCUAUCUACCUAUUUAUCAUCUGUCUAUCUACCUAUUUAUCAUCUGUCUAUCUAUCAUCAUUAUGUAUUCAUCAGUCCAUAUAUCAUCUAUCUAUCUGUCUAUCUAUCUAUCUAUCUAUCUAUCAUCUAUCUAUUUAUCAUCCAUCAUCUAUCUAUCAUCUAUCUAUUUAUCAUCUAUCUAUCUAUCCAUCUAUCUAUCAUCUAUCUAUCACCUAUCUAUCUAUCAAUCAUCUAUCUCCUCACCGCCUGCCCCUGGGGGUGCAGGGCCACCAACUACCACUGAAGCUCUUUGAAAAGCACUUUACUGAGGUGCGAUUGAACACAGAGGAAGUACAGACACGACCCGAUGAGUUUGCAGUUGUGAGUGGUGCUGCUGUGGACACAGGAGGCUGA